CGUAGCGAUAGGGCGCAGUUUAAUAGCGGGCAUUGAGGCGAUUUGAGACACUGACACAGUGAAUGAGAGGGAAAGCAACAGAUCGAAGUUAUGGCGAAGACAAUGACCAGAGGUACGAGGUUUGUUUUGUUUCUCCUUGCAGUGGCCACUUUCUCCGCACCCGUGCUUUCCGAUCUGAUCCUUGCCAAAGUUGAGCGUCGCAUUGAUUUGACCUCACAGAUUGUGCGCAUCACCACAACACUGAAGGUGGAGAAUACAGGAUCUGAUCCUGUGUCUGAGGUUUUGUUGACCUUUCCUGAUAACCAGGCAAAUCACUUGGCAUACUUGACAGUGACAGUUAAUGGAGGGAAAGGAAAAGGGAAAGCAUCUUCUGGGGGCAAUUUACCUGUUGGAGUUGUCCACCCUGAAGGCAUGCCUCCUUCCUUGACUACUUAUUCUGUAUCUUUACCCAAGGGGCUUGGGAAAGGUGACAGCUUAUUGUUGGAUGUGUUGGCUGUCUUUACCCACUCAUUGCGACCAAUUCCUGAGAAAAUUACUCAGUCUGAUAUACAGCUUGUGCUUUUCCAAGAAAGUGCUCACUAUCUUUCUCCAUAUGAUGUCAAGGUCCAAUCACUCAGCGUUAAAUUGCCUGAUGCAAGAAUAGAGUCUUAUACAAAGCUAGAAAAUACAAAAUUACAUGGUUCUGAAAUAAAAUAUGGACCUUAUGAGAAUCUCUCCCCAUUCUCAUACUUACCAAUAGUCAUACAUUUCGAGAGUAAUCAUCCCUUUGCUGUUGCCAAAGAGUUAAUCCGAGAAGUUGAGAUUUCCCACUGGGGCAAUGUACAGGUUACAGAGCAUUAUAGUCUUGUUCAUGCUGGUGCUCAAAGCAAAGGAGAAUUUUCUAGGCUUGACUAUCAGGCCCGGCCAUAUGUGAGAGGUGCAUCAGCUUUCAGGCGUCUUGUUGCAAGGUUGCCACCACGUGCUCAUUCUGUGUACUACAGGGAUGAAAUUGGCAACAUUUCAACUUCCAGUUUAUGGGGUGACUCAAAAAAGAUGGAACUCGAGAUUGAACCUAGAUAUCCAAUGUUUGGUGGCUGGAAGACCACUUUUACCAUUGGAUAUGGCCUGCCACUUGAGGACUUCUUAUUUGCAGUGGAUGGGAAACGUGUCCUAAAUAUCACUUUUGGUACACCUAUGAAAGAAUUAGUGAUUGAUAAUCUCUUUGUGAAGGUUGUUUUGCCUGAGGGUUCUAGUGGAAUCUCUGCAUCUGUUCCAUUUCCUGUGAAACAACGGCAGGAGACAAAAAUUUCCCACUUAGAUGUUGUUGGUAGACCUGUUGUUGUGCUGGAGAAGAGCAAUGUUGUGCCUGAGCAUAAUGUUCAUUUUCAGGUUUAUUACAAGUUCAGCUGUCUUUCUAUGCUUAGGAAGCCUCUGAUGUUGAUUGCUGGGUUUUUCUUUCUAUUUGUUACCUGUGUUGUCUACAUGCAUGUAGAUUUGUCAAUCUCUAAGUCAUCUCCUACUUAUUUGGCAAAGCUUCAAUGGGAGGAGGUGCAAACAAAUAUCCAGCAGCUGUGUAACAUCAUUAACCGUUGCUUGACAACAAAUGACAAGCUAGAAGCAUCUUUACGGGACCUUUCUAGGACAGGAGAUGUUCAAGCUUGUAAAACAACUCGAAAAUCAGUGGAUAACUUGCUGAAAGAGUUAUCUAAAGAGUUGAAGCCACUGUUGACAUUUUUGCAAUCUGCUCCACAAGCAGCUCACAUAGCACCCAAGGUUGAGGAAUUAAUUGCAAAGGAGAGGGAGUUGCAAGAGAGGCUAAUGGCAAAACACUCGACUGUUGUAGACUGCUAUGAGAAAAAGUUAGGGGGUCGGGAAAUUGAAAAUCGGAUUUCAUCACAUCAGCAGAAAAUUACAGCUUUAAGGCAAGAGGUUGAUGAUCUCUUGGAGUUUAUUGACGAGAUUUGAUCAUGACUAGACUCCCCGAUUAUGAAAAUGCUGUACUUGGGUUAGAAUGUUUUAUUUAGUGCAUCAUGUAAUAGAAGUUCGGACUUGAAUCAUAUGGAUAAAUCGCACUUUUUGUUUUGUUAGACUUAAAUUGAGUCUUACAUUACGGGAUGCUUGAAACUCUACAAUAAAUGUGACACCUUAUUGAGUCU